UGAUGUGGAUUACGAACAGCUGUUUUAACCCGAUAAUAGUAUUUUAUGACAAUUCGCUUUCAGGAAAAUGCUUCAUUAAAUUGAUCUUGUUGAUAAUGGCGUGUAGACGUUACAAUGCAAAUUAAAAUAAUAACAUAAUGAAUGUUGAAGGUUAAAUACUAAAAAGAGCAUGUAGAUCUACACGCAAUUUAAUACUUUGGACUACGUGACUGUGAGCUGUAUCACAAAAGUAUUUAAUCUGGAUAUAUACGUGAUUUCGGCGAUUUGUUGAACCUCAUCAAUGCCAAAAAUAGCCGUCAUCGGUGCCGGUGUUGUUGGUUUGUCAACUGCCAUCAACAUACAGAAACGACAGCCGUCGGCGAAAGUUACUAUUAUUGCCGACAGAUUUGACAAACAGACAACAAGUCAUGGAGCCGGCGGUUUAUUCCGACCAAACGUGGAACAUCUUCUUGGUGUGAAUCCCGAUACUGUCACACGAUGGAGUGUUGAAGGAUUCAAGUUCUAUUCUAGUCUCGCAGUGUCCCCAGAGUCACGUGAUACGGGUCACAUGAUCAUGCCAGGUUAUGUGUUUAGUAAUACAGAAAUUCAGAAUCCGCUAUAUAAAAGUCUUGUGUUCAGUUUUCGCCAAUUGACUCCUGACGAACUAAGGAAAUUAUCAGUAAAUUACAAGUAUGGGUACCAGGUUACAACAGUGAUUACAGAUUGCAGUCGAUUUUUGCCUUGGUUAAUGACUAGAUUUAAAGAGCGUGGUGGGACAGUAGAAAAUAGGCAUGUAAAGAGUUUAGAAGAGUUUGUAGGUGAAUAUGAUGUUGUUGUGAACUGUGCCGGAUUUUCGAGCCGAGAUUUGGUUGGAGACAAGUCGGUGUAUCCAGUCAGAGGACAUCUUAUACGUCUCAAGGCUCCUUGGAUAAAGUACUGGGUGUAUACGGAAGAUUCUGCUUAUUUCAUUCCAAGUUUUGACGCAGUGGCGAUCGGUGGUAUCCGUCAGAAGAAUAAUUUCAGUUUAGACAUCGACCCGAAAGACACAGCUGGAAUACUGGAAAGAUGUUAUAAACUUUGGCCAAGUCUGAAGGGAGCGCCAAUACAAAGCGAGUGGGUUGAUCUGAGACCUCAUAGAGACCCUCUCAGGUUGGAAAAGGAAGUUAUGAAGUUUCCAAAGGGAUCUCUAAAUGUGGUUCAUAAUUAUGGACACGGGGCUUUAGGGAUCGCUUUAGCCUGGGGAACAUCUAUAGAUGCUGCUAAACUUGCUGUAGAAGAUUUACACAAUAUUCCAUCAAAAUUAUGAUAAUGUUUUAUCCACAAAUAUACUCUAUACCGACGUCACACAACAUAUUGUUGUUAAGAGACCACAUUUUCUUUCGAAGAUAUUUUUAAGCAAUUUCAAGUUCAUAAUAUAUAAACUUUUUCUGCCUUCAUAAAAUGGCCUCGAAAAUCCUAUGUGUCUAACAUCUGAUAAAUCCAGGCUCUAAGAGAGCACCCGUGUUCGGUGAUGGCAACAAUAUAUAUAUGCUGUAGAAUUAUGAAAAAUGCAUACAUGGUAUAAUUUGAUAAUCUUACAAAAUUAAGAGCAAGUACAACUUGUUUCUACACUGACCAAAUGCAAACUUCGACCGUUUUUCCUGUUUUUUUGUUAGGUUUAUGGCUUUGUAUGUAUAUAAUCGGUGCUAGUCUUUUUAGAUGAUUUAUAAUAAACUAAAAGUUGCUUCUCAGCAAGCAGAUGGGACCAGAUCGCCUUCGACUCAUGCGGAAAAUGCAAAAUGGUGUGACUUUGAUGCCAAUGUCAUAUUAUUGAGAUUGUCAUUAAAUGAUACAGAACUGUUGUUGAUCAGAUAUGAUUUCUAGGUGCUAAUAGUACCUCUUGUAUUUUGUCUUGUAACUUACUUGAAUAUAUUUUUACACCUAUAUGUAUAUAUAUGUUAUUUUAUGCAUAAUACAUUAUUGCAGUUGUUUAUCUUA